CCAGAGAGAGGCUCUUACAGGGCUGGGGCUGGACCCAAAGCCCCCUGCCCUAGGGUGGGGUGAAGGGCCCUCCAAGCCCUUCUUGAGUCUGGACCAUGGGGGAUGGAGGUACUGGUGCAAUUGGAGGAGAUGGGGUGAAUCAAUCCCAUGCCUUGUUUGACAAUUUUGUCCAGGCAACCACAUGCAAAGGCAUACUCAAGGCCUUCCAGGAGCUCUGUGAACAUCUGGAAGUCAAGCCCAGUGAGCACAAGCUCUUCUAUCACAAGCUCAAGUCCAAACUUAACUACUGGAAGGCAAAGGCACUCUGGGCAAAGUUAGAUAAGCGGGCCAGCCAGAAGGAGUACAAGAAGGGACGUGCCUGUGCCAACAUAAAGUGUCUGAUCAUCGGUUCAGGGCCAUGUGGCUUGCGUACAGCCAUAGAGUUGGCUUUUUUGGGGGCCAAAGUGGUCAUUCUGGAGAAGAGAGAUGCCUUCUCCAGAAACAAUGUGCUGCACCUUUGGCCCUUCACCAUCCAAGAUCUCAGGGGCCUUGGGGCCAAGAAAUUCUAUGGAAAGUUCUGUGCUGGUGCUAUUGACCAUAUCAGUAUUCGUCAGCUUCAGCUAAUGCUGUUAAAAAUGGCUCUUCUGCUGGGCAUUGAGAUCCACGUUAAUGUAGAGUUUAAGGCCCUUAUUGAACCCCCUGAAGAGCAAGGUGAGAGGAUAGGCUGGAGGGCUGAGGUCCACCCCAGGACACACCCUGUCAGUGAAUUGGAGUUUGAUGUCAUCAUUGGAGCAGAUGGAAGGAGAAACACACUACCAGGAUUUCGCCGUAAGGAGUUCCGGGGAAAGCUGGCUAUUGCGAUCACUGCUAACUUCAUCAACAGGAAUACAACGGCAGAGGCAAAAGUUGAGGAGAUCAGCGGCGUGGCCUUUAUCUUUAAUCAGAAGUUCUUUCAGGAUCUCAGGGAGGCAACAGGUAUUGACCUGGAAAAUAUUGUCUACUACAAGGAUGACACACAUUACUUUGUGAUGACUGCCAAAAAACAGAGCCUGUUGGAGAAAGGAGUCAUUCUGCGUGACUAUGCAGACACUGAGCUUCUCCUGUCCAGAGCUAACGUGGACCAGGCUGCCUUGUUGUCCUACGCAUGUGAGGCUGCAGAUUUCUCCACCAACCACCAGCUGCCUACACUCGACUUUGCCAUCAACCAUUAUGGCCAGCCCGAUGUCGCCAUGUUCGACUUCACUUGCAUGUAUGCCUCGGAGAACGCUGCCAUGGUGCGCCAACGCAAUGGCCACAAACUACUGGUGGCGCUUGUGGGUGACAGCUUGCUGGAGCCGUUCUGGCCCAUGGGCACUGGCAUCGCUCGAGGUUUCCUGGCAGCCAUGGACUCAGGCUGGAUGGUGAAGAGUUGGGCCCAAGGAAAAACCCCUUUAGAGGUUCUAGCUGAGAGGGAGAGCAUAUACCGACUUUUGCCUCAGACGACACCAGAAAAUGUCAGUAAGAACUUUAGCCAGUACAGCGUGGAUCCCACCACACGUUACCCAAACAUCAGCCUUAACUUCCUCAGGCCUAGUCAGGUCAGGCAUCUCUUUGACACUGGAGAGCGCCGAGAAAUUUGCAUUGAAAUUGAGAACGUGAUCAACUCGUCAACACCAAAGUUGGCCAGGAAUGAAUCCAUUGCUCGAUCCAGUAAACUGCUCAACUGGUGCCAGAGACAAACAGAAGGGUACAGGAAUGUUAAUGUGAUGGAUCUAACUAUGUCUUGGAAGAGUGGCUUGGCACUGUGUGCCCUCAUUCACCGAUACAGACCGGAUCUCAUUGACUUUGACUUUCUGGAUGAGCAAGACCACGAGAGGAACAACCAGCUGGCUUUUGACGUGGCAGAGAAGGAAUUUGGCAUCUCGCCAUGCAUGACAGGCAAGGAGAUGUCGUCUGUGGUUGAGCCAGACAAACUCUCCAUGGUCAUGUACCUCACUCAGUUUUAUGAGAUGUUUAAGGACAUAGUGCCACCUGGAGACAACCACAACUUGAGUCCAGAGGAGAAAGCUGCAUUGAUUGCCAGCACAAAGUCUCCCAUCUCAUUCUUUAGCAAGUUGGGUCAAAGCAUAGCGAUCUCCAGGAAGCGAAACCCCAAGGACAAAAAGGAGAAGGAUGUGGACGGUUUGGGGAAAAGACGGAAAACCAGUCAAUCUGAAGAUGAGGAAUUAUGCAGGACAGGCCGCGACGACCGGCCGUGUAAACCCGCUGUUUCUUCUGAGAUAAAAAUGGACACCGCUGCUGUAGGGAACAACAACAAAGUGAAGGUCAUGGCCACUCAGCUACUUGCCAAGUUUGAAGAGAACGCUCCAGCCCAGCCUACAGGGCUCAAAAGACAGGGGGAUUCUCUGCCCAAUUUCGACUGCCUCUUUUCCCCUUGCCCUCCACAAAACCCUGUGAAUGAGCCGGUGCGCCUGGCACCUGUGCCUGCAUGGAGAAAGAGACGCACACAGCAGCAGGAGAAGCUGAGCAUUCGCUACAAAGAAAUGAUCAAAUGUCAGACAAUGCCCCACAGAGGGGAACAGGCCAGAAGUGGUGCAGACCAAAUGUCCAGCUCGGGCUCUCGAAGCUGCCCAAAGAAAACCAUUCUGCUCCCUUCCUCCUCGUCCACCUCCUCGCUCUCUCUGCACUCAGAGAAUAUCCUUCCUGAGGAAGAGGAACUUGAAUAUUAUGAAAGGCCUCUGAUACACGGGGAGUGGAAGCCAUUGCACCUAACUGACCCAGGACCCAUCCACAUCCCUGGUGUACAGGAGAGGGCAGAACGCCUACUCUCAAAGUUUAAAAGCAAACCUAACAAGCCACCAAAGCCGAAGAAAAAGCCGACCCGUUUCUUUUUAGAGCAGUGGCGCUUGUCCCGAGGACUGAACGCGAGCCCUGCUUCACCGCUGUCUUCUCCAGAUGUUUCCAGAAAGGAGCCAGUGAGGCCUCUGGACUCUGGCCAGUUGCCUAUAUUUGUGCUUAGUAUUCAGGAGAGAGCUGAGCAGCUUGCUUCUCAAUUAGAAGGCAAGCCAGCAGGGCCACAGCUCAAGAAAAAACCCUCACGCUUUUUUAUGGAACAAUGGCACCUGGCCCGAGCCCAGAGCCCCCCCGAUCCCCCCCCCUCCACCUCUGACACCUUGAGACAGCACUAUGUCAGGAUGUACACGGGAGGAGUUAGCACGCUGGCUGAGCAGAUAGCCAGUCAGCUUCAGUCUCGGGAAGAUUCCAAGCCCAGUCGUGUACCUGAACAGAGGGAUUUGGGCUCGCUAAGAAAAGAAUUUCCAGCCAACAUCGGAGGCAGCGACGUCUGCUUCUUCUGUCGAAGGCGCGUGUACGUCAUGGAGAGGCUGAGUGCAGAAGGGAAGUUCUUCCAUCGCACCUGCUUCAAGUGUGACUACUGUGGCACAACACUACGACUCUCCUCCUAUGCCUUCGAUGUGGAGGACGGAAAAUUUUACUGCAAGCCUCACUACUGUUACCGCCUGUCUGGCUAUGCUCAGAGGAAGCGGCCUGCUCCUUCUCCGGCUCCAGUUUUAGCAAAGGAGAACCAGAUGCCCCAAACCCCCAUGGCGACUGUUGAUGCCCCUGGAAGGGUGAUGGAAGGAGCAGCAGCUCCCUCAGCUGAGCUCCAACCCUCAGCCCUGGAGGUCAAUGGCCUGCAGGAGGCCAGUUUGGCGAAACGUCUACGUGGAACUCCGGAGCGCAUUGAGCUGGAGAACUACCGUCUGUCCCUUCAGAGGGAAGAGGAGCUGGAGGAGGUGCCUGAGGAGACGCUAGCGGAACACAACCUCAGCAGUGUACUGGACAAGCCCACAGAUGUUGACCUGGGAUCCAGCAGUUCGGAGUCAGACAUGGAGGAGGAGGACGAGCAGGAGGAGGCUGAGGUGGAGGAGCAGCUUCCUAGCCCUUCUGACCUUGGCGGCGUUCCCUGGAAGGAGGCGGUAGAGCUCCACGCCAAACUGAGGGGCGACCGCGACGGGGAAGCAGACGAAGCUCUGGAUGACGCUGCCAGCAGGGAUGGAGACUUGGAGGAAGAGGAGGAUGAGGAGGAAGAUGAGGAGGAGGAAGAAGAAGAUGAAGAGUCUAGUGAAGAGGGGGAUUACUGCCCCUGGGAUAAAGAGCUCCAGUCAGGCCUUUGGCUGGAGAAGUACCUUACAGAUGAAGAAGAUGUUGGUACAUUCAAAGCCAGGAAUGUACACAUCCAACAAGUCCUGCAACCUGUGGAUCCCAGCGUCAUUCCAGGUCUGACGAAAACACACCUGGACUCUGAGGGAGACGAGGACGGCCCGCCGGCCCCUGCCCUCCAACCCUCUGAGCUCACUCAGCCCUCCUCCACAGCCCGUGCCCACACAUCCACCCGUCAUGAGGCAGUGAGAGUCUGGUUGGAGUCCUUGUCUGGAGAACCCUGUGAAGAUGAAGACCUAGAGGCUGAAGCAGGCAGUCCAGAUGUGGAGCCUGGGACUGAAUUAGAUCAGGAUGACAUCCCUUCAGAUGCAGAAGCUGAGGCUCGUUUGCAUCAGUCUGAGCCCCAUGAAACACCUGUUAAGGAAAACGGGGAAGAAGAAAGUGUAGGAAUGGUCUCCAGUGUUGCCUCAUCCAGCAUCGACCCAGUGCAGAAGGUUGAUGUUGUUCUUUCUCCUCUCAAACCAUCCCCAGAGCCUAAAACACAGGUAACUCCAGUGAAGUCUCCCGGCAGUCGCUUUUUCACUGAUCCCUUCCUGCCUGAGGAAGCACUGUCUGAGAAGACAAGUCCGUCCCCACCAGUCAGGACUCCACUGAGCCCGUCACCAGCUCCCUCUCCGCUUCCUGCUUCUGUCCCUUCGCCCACUCUUACCGUUGUUGCUUCCCCUGACAGGGUGCCUGCCUCCUCUCCCCUUGCCUCAAACCCCACAGCAACUAUCACUUUUACAAUGAAGCCAGUCGACAAAUCACCUAUCCUAUCAGCCGUCAAGUCGCCACCUAUCUGCUCUCAGCCCACCCCAUUACCAGAAACUCAUACGCCUAAAUCUCCAGUCUACCCUCAUCGCUCCAUUUGUCCUCUCACAGGUAACCCCCUUUCUCCAAUCUGUGCCCAACCUUUGCCCUGCCAUGAGCCCUCGUCACCCCUCACAUCUGAUUCCCCUGUCAGAACUCAGCCAGUCCCUGCAGUCACUUCCACACCCAUGGCCAAAACGGACAAGCCCACAACUGAACUUAAGUCUUUGGAUUCCUCAACAGAGGAACUUGCAUCAAAAAAGACAGAUAUAAUUGAGGAGUUUUGGUUAAAGAGUGCUGAGAUAAGGAAGAGCCUUGGCUUGUCUCCUUUGGACCGCAGCAGUAAAAUCCUGGAGAAGAGCGCUGUUAACGAUUCAAAACAAGACUCCAUCCCAGCCAAGACGCACUCACCAGAUGUUUCUCAGGAACAGAAGCCUGUCUUUACUGGCCGCACUGUCAUUCGCAGACUGAACAUCACGCUCGAGGGUCAAGUCAUUACGCCUAUUGCUCCGAUAGAGGCUAAGAGUGAUGGCUUUGACAUUAGGGAAAUCAGCAGCAGCUCAGGCUUGGGCUUGAAUGGAAGCCUGGCUACGAGCCAAACGGUGAACAGUGACAGCUAUAACACAUCUGACUCUACCAUGCUCACCCCACCCUCCAGUCCGCCACCACCUGUGCCUGCCAAUCAGUCUCCAGCUGUUCUCAGGCAGCAGAGACACCAAGUAUCUUGGAGCAACAGAACAGAAAAGCUUCCAUCUGAAAGUGCCAAAGAGCCAGCAAAACCCAAGACUCCUGUUCCUGCACCCAGGACUCAGCUGAGCCCCGUGUCUGUGCCCAGACCUGUGCCCAGGAAAGCCUCCUCCCCUGUGGCAGCACCAGAAACUGCUCCAGUGGUUGUAAUGCGGGAGAAGAAGAAGUCUCGACCAGCUGAGGUGAGGAAAUCAUUUGUGGAGACCGUUGAGGAAAUUCCAUUUGCUGAUGAUGUGGAGGAGGCUUAUGAUGAGCGAACACCAGAAACAAGCAUGAAUAAGUAUUCUACUCCACCCACCAGUAAGCCCAGCAAGCCCCCACUACAUCUGGCUCUAGCAAUGGAAAACGGUAAGCCUAAAAUCCCAGUCAACCCCGCUUCCAAGAUCCAACGGGCAACUCAGUUUUCUCCAGAGGCCAAGGAGAUUGCCAAAGAGAGAAUUAGGGCGAGAGAAAAGUCUGUCAAGAGCCAGGUUCUCAAAGAUGCCAUGGCCAAGCAACUAAACAAAAUGAAAGAAUCGGACACGGACAAAGAAGCCUCACCUAAAGUAGCCUGGAGUGCAACCCCAGAUUCAAAUGAAAAAACAAAAAAGUCUGCUGUAUCUCCAAAAACAUCAGCUGUGAAAGCUUUGGAGUCGAAGAAGGCCGAUACUGUGCCCGAGCGCUUCUUCAGCAGCAACAAGAGUCUGGACAGCUCGGUGGCGUCCUCAGAUGGCUCUUCUACGAGCAAAAGCAAGAAACGAAGCUCCCUCUUCUCGCCUCGCAAGAAUAAGAAAGAGAAAAAAGCCAAGAACGACAGCAGCAGGAACUCGGGCACAGAGGAGACGCCGCCCAAGCACAAGUCGUUGUGGAAAGCUGUCUUUUCAGGGUACAAAAAGGACAAGAAGAAGAAGGACAAUAAGUCGUGUCCAAGCACUCCGUCGUCCAGCUCCACCACUCAGGACUCUGGCAAGAAAAGAAUGUCCCCCCUUGGGAGAUCUUCAGACUUGAAAUCGCGCAGAAACCUGAGCGUGUCUGAGGACUCGGACCUGUCGUGCGAUGAUGUUCUGGAGAGAUCAUCCCAGAAAUCAAAAGCAGAUCGGCAUACGGACAUCUUUGACCUAGUAUCAGGCAUGCAGAAGGAAGCAAUAAAGGAGGAGAAACUGGAAAAAGAGAGAAGGAGGGAGUUAAAGACAAAAAAGGAGGUUAAAGAGAGACGUAAUGAAAGGGUGCAGGAAAAGGACCGAGAAAAGGAAAAAGACAACGAGGAGUCUGUUUAUGUUCCUCACGCACUGGCGUUCAAGAGAUCGUACGCCACUAAGAAAACCUACACAGAGGAAGAGCUGAAUGCCAAACUCACGCGCAGAGUACAGAAAGCUGCUCGGCGGCAGGCGAAGCAGGAGGAGCUCAAAAGACUACAUAGAGCUCAGAUCAUUCAGAGGCAGUUGGAGCAGGUGGAGGAGAAGCAGAGGCAACUGGAAGAGAGAGGUGUAGCUGUGGAGAAAGCUCUGAGAGGAGAAGCAGGAUUGUAUAAAGGUACUUAUACAUUACCCAAACAGCACAAAAGAAGAUCAGACUAUUGGGGAGAUUCUAAUUACAGUGAAAUCCUGGACAUGCAUCUGGGCGUUGAACCCUAUGUGGGGAUGCCUCGUCGACGACCGCUCUCCCUCUGCCCAUGCUGGUCCCCUGAAGGAAUGGGGAAAAAGGAUGAUCCAAAACUAAUGCAAGAGUGGUUCAAGCUGGUGCAGGAGAAGAAUGCUCUGGUCCGCUAUGAGUCAGAACUCAUGAUAUUUGCCAGAGAGCUGGAGCUGGAGGAUCGGCAGAGUCGACUGCAGCAGGAGCUCAGGGAGCGAAUGGCAGUGGAAGACCAUUUGAAAUCGGAGAAGGAGCUUGCUCAGGAAAAGCAGAUCCUGAAUGAGAUGUUGGAGGUGGUGGAGCAGCGUGAUGCCCUCGUUGCCCUUCUGGAAGAACAGAGACUUAGGGAGAAGGAGGAGGACAAGGACCUGGAGGCUGUCAUGCUGUCAAAAGGAUUUAAUCUGAACUGGGCCUAAAAGGAGUUUGUAUACUGCUCAUUAAGUUCUGG